AGCACCCCUCAGCUGCCAGACAUUAGCGGCAUCCUCCUCUGGCCAUGGCGCUGCCCUGGGCCCUUGCAGUCCUGAGCCUUCUUCCUGUGCUGGACGCCCAGAGCCCGGUGUGUCCCAAUUUCUCGGUGCCCAUCACCAAUGCCUCCCUGGACCAGAUCUCUGGCAAGUGGUUUUAUAUCGCCUCGGCUUACCGCCUCCCCGAGUACAAGAAGGAAGCUAGUGAAUUCCAUGCUUCCUUCUUUUACUUCACCCCCAACCACAUGGAGGACAGGAUACAGCUCAGAGAGUACACAACCAUGCGAGGACAGUGCAUGUAUAACUCCACCAACCUGAGGGUCAACCGGGAAAAUGGGACCCUGACCAAACAUGAGAAUGGCACAGACCAUUUUGGCCACCUACUGCUGCCCAAGGACCCCAAGACCUUCAUGCUUGCUUUUUUCCCAGAAGACAAGCAGAAAAUGGGGCUGUCCUUCUUUGCUGACAAGCCAGAGGUGACCCCGGAGCAAAUGGAAGAGUUCUAUGACUACCUCACGUGCAUGGGCAUGGACAAGUCCGAAGUCCUGUUCAGCGACGAGAAAAAGAAUAUGUGCCUGCAGCUGGAGAAGCAGCAUGAUGAGGAAAGGAGGAAGGAAAAGGAAAAGUCUGAGACAGGCUCAGCGUUGGAUUAGGACCUCGGGGACUUUGGGAUCCAUCCUGAGACACCCCCACCCUCCCUUUGUGCCUCAGUUCUUUCCCUCAGUUGCACCAAUAAAGUUUCUACAUUUGGAAUAG